GCACAAUCACAUAUUUUCAGAUAGCUGAUCCUGCUGGGCUAUUGUGGUGCUCAUGAUAUACAGCUGUUGCCUCAUUGAAAGAAAUCAUUUAUGUAACUGCAAGAUAUUUACAUCAAGAAAUGUGUAGGUCAAGCCACCUGAGCUGCAUGAAAUUUAGAUCUUGAAUGACUGGAUGGGUGCCCCACAGGACAUUUUAUUUGGAAUAUGGAGGGGUAUAGUUGACAGCCUCUGGGGCUUUGUGCUGAUUUUCACCUUAGAUGACAAGCAUGCAUCUACGACGGGGGCUACCCGUCCGGAGCCGGCUAAUCAACGCUCACGCCAAAAGUCUACACGGCGGGUGCAAGAAAGCGAGCCGUCGCUGCGCCAGCGUCUGCUGGAGUGCUGCACGCUGAACGGCGGCGUGCUGCUGCUCAGCAUGCUGCUGUUCCAGUACGCCGUGCUGCCGGCGCUGCGCUCCUGCGUCACGCUGGUGUUCGGGCCCGCCGCCAUGUCCACAGACAGGUUCUCUGUAUGGACAAUAUUAAACCUGAUAUUGACGUACACCUUUUCUGCAUUGUGGGUUCUUCCAAUAUUCGGCAUUAGCAAGAUUAUCAAUUGCAUUUGGUUUCAGGAUAUUGCGGACACAGCGUACCGAACCAGCCAGGGACGUGCCUCCUCUCGGCUUGGCCUCAGCAUACUCGUCGCUGACACCCUCUUCAGCAUCUUCGCCCAGGCGCUCUUUCUCAUACAGGGCAUGCUGGCCAGCCUGGUGCUGCCCAUCUACGGCCUGGGCGACGCCGUCUGCCUGCUGCACAUGUGCCUGCUGUACGCGCUGUACUCGUUCGAGUACAAGUGGUUCAACAUGGGCUGGGAGCUGCACAAGAGGCUGACUUUUAUCGAGACAGAGUGGCCGUACUUCCUCGGGUUCGGUCUGCCGCUGGCGCUCAUGACGCAGACCUUCUCGUCGUACAUCAUGAACGGCUGCGUGUUCUCGCUGGUGUUUCCUGUAUUCAUCCUGAGCGGGAACGAGGCGAACCCUGUGGUCGGCGUCUGCGGAACCCGUCUGCAGCUGUUCACUCCCGUCAUCAUGACGUCGAACGCUCUGUUUCGGCGCACGGUCAGCCCGCGGCCGGCCGGCGCCGCCGCCCGGCUCAAGUAGCCGCAGCUCGUCCCGGCCUUGAUCCACCUUGACCUGCCCUGCCCUGCCCUGGCCUGCCCUGCGCUGUCCCGCCCUGUCCCGCGCUGUCCCGCCCCGCCCCGUGCUGUCCAGCCCCGCUCCGUGCUGUCCCG